AUGCUUCCUCAACCAGCUUUUCGAGUGCAGCUAUCUGCCUCAAUCUCUCUGUACUCGAAUGGCACACGUCGUCUCUUCUCUGCGACUUCUGCAGCCUUGAACGGCCAAAACAUCCCCAUCCUCGAUUCGGUCUCAACUCCGAUCAAUCCACGAUGGCUCACAAUGACCAAGCGAAGGAUUGGAAAGUGCAUGAUGUUUGGGAUGAACCCAGCUCAGAUUGAUGAGGGUGGCAAGAUUUUGCAGCAAUUGGCCAAGGAAUGGCGGGAACUGAUCGCUGGAAGUGAGGGAUUCCUCACGGAUAAGAAACGGCGCAGUCUGUAUCGCCAUAAUGUGGUUUGGGGAGAACAGGGUAUGCACUGUCACGUCAACAACGUUACCUAUGUUCGAUACGCCGAAACAGCUCGUGUGAACUGGACGCGCAAUAUCGGCAACUAUAUCGAUACCGCAAAUAAGAAAGAAUGGAUAAACAUGCUUGGUAAUACGGGUAUCGGACUCAUCCUGAAGAGUAUCAAGGUGGACUACAAAUUUCCCAUGGAAUCUCCAGACAAAAUUACCGUCUAUCAAAAGUUGAUUCCAGACCCGUCUAGGCAUCUUUCAGCCCAAUCGGCAUUCCGACUCGAAGUCAUGAUCUUGUCUGAAGCUCACCAACGCCCUGCUGCUCGUUGUUUCGAGGAUAUCGUCAUCUAUGAUUACAAGAAGAAUGGCAAGACUGUCAAUAUCCCGCCCUUUGUCAUGGAGCAGUUUGAGACCAUGUGGAAGCAGCAGGAGCAGGAGAAGGUGAACUGGAGGCAGCAGAUUGCUAAUAUCGAAAAUCGGGUCCGGAAUCUUGAGCUUGGAAGCUGGGAUCGGGCUGAUGCUGUGGAGGACAAUGGGUCUGCGUCACAGUAA